ACCCCCCCCCCCCUCUUCUCCUUGACUGUGACCUCUGAUUGGCUGUGGGGGUGCAGGUGAAACAGUUUCCCAUUGGAGCUGAUAAUCACUAUUAUUGAUUAUCGGUCAGUCUGAUGAUUGUGUUCUCAAUAUCCUUCACUAGCAACAUGUUCAACAUUUACCAUCAUCAUCAUCAACAUCAUCAUCAUCAUCACCAUAGAAACCUGAAGGUAGUUCCCUUUUAUUUUGGAGGCGCUGUCAGUGUAUUUCCGGUGCUGCUGCGCGUUACCUACGUUCACCUUGACGCGGCUCUCGCGGUCCGUUAGUGUGCGUGAAGACGCGCUCCCGAGGGCAAACGGCGAACGGCUGACGGGCGCGAGGAUGGCUGCAGAAGAUGCCCAGUAACGGAAACAGCGACGGUAACCAAGCGAAGAGCAGCGCCGGGACCUCCUCCGGGACGGGGAGCGGCUCGGUCCAUGUCCCGGCCAUGGAGAGAGCCCGGCCGGUGACGGUGACCGUGUCUGCGGUCAGCCUCGCGCUCAGCGUGAUGUCCCUUCUGCUGCUGGUCACCGCCAUCUCCACCGACCACUGGUACGAGACCGACACCCGCAGACACAAGGAGAACUGCGACCGACACGGAUCCGACUCCAACGACCAGAAGAACCGAGAGAUGCCCAUCUACCACCUGCCGCUGAUGGACACCGGCAGCGGCGGCGCUCGGCAGCGGGACGUGGCGCUGAUGAAGCCGGUUCAUGUGGGCAGCAGAGAGGAGGAGCUGCUGGAGAACUGGAGAGCCAUCCUGGGGAUGGGCAUCCUGGAGACCGAGUGCGGUAGGCCGCUGUUCUCCACUCACUACGGCCUGUGGAGGAAGUGCUACUUCAAGGGCCUGGACCCGGACAUCGACAAGCUCAUCGACCGGGGUAUCGCAGAGCGAUGCUCAGCCGUCAAGUAUCACUUCUCUCAGCCAAUCAGACUGAGGAACAUCCCCCUGAACCUGACAAGGACCAUCCAACAGGACGAGUGGCACCUGCUGCACCUGCGGAGGAUCACAGCAGGGUUUCUGGGGAUGGCUGCAGCGGUUCUGUUGUGUGGGAGCAUCGUGGCAUCGGUCGGGUUCUUCUGGGAGGAGAGUCUGACGCAGCACGUGUCCGGACUGCUGUUCCUCAUGGCAGGAAUCUUCUGCACCAUCUCUCUGUGUACGUUCGCAGCCAGUGUGACAUAUGACCUCUCCAGAAACCCACCGUUCAUCUACGGUCUGCCGGCGGACGUGGACCACGGGUACGGCUGGUCCAUCUGCUGCGCCUGGGCAAGUCUGGGUCUGAUCGUUGCCUCCGGCUGCCUCGGUACCACUUUCCCUUUCCUGAGCCGGGCCGGAGCCCUGCGGUCCAAAACCGCCCGUGAGUCCUCCGUCUGAAACACCAGCUGUCAAUCACUCUGAGCAGGAGGAGGAGCAGGAGGAGGAAGAGGAGGAAGAAGAGGAGGAGCAGAAGGAGGAGGAGGAAGAGGAGGAGUAGGAGGAGCAGGAGGAGGAAGAGGAGGAGGAGCAGAAGGAGGAAGAGGAGGAGCAGGAGGAGGGGAUGAUGGAUGGUGGCCAGUGGCCGGUGUAUCAAACCAUUGUGGACUGUGGGCGUCGGCCUCCUGCUGAAUGUAACACACUGUGGUGUUUAUGAUGUGGACAAUGUACUGUCUGUUUAUUAACACACACACACAUACACACUGUAUGUGUAUUAUAUUAUAUAUUAUUAUAUGACCUGCAACAUUUUCAUGUCUGGAUUAUUAUUCAGACUUUCCAGUGACUGGUUGUAAAGAGUCACUUGUGACCUUCUGGUUGAAUAUUGUUGAAUCUGUGAUUAAUCUGUGGAUCAUUUAAUCUCUGAAGUCACAUCUGGACUCUUCUGAAAAUCAGACACUGGUCGUCAUGGAGACCAGAUAUGAACCAAUCAUUCACAGCUUUGUUCCAUCCUCCUCCUCAGAACAAUCAGCUGUAGAAACAUAACCAUGUGACUCAUGUACAGACUCAACAUGUGAUGUAGAACAACAGAACAUCUGGACUCAAUUAACAACUGGAUUUACCAGUGGACUGGUCUGAGGCCAGAGCUGCCUCCUGGAUUACAACUGUCAGGACCUCAGAAACCCCCUCAUACCCUCAGAUACCCCAUCAUACCCCCUGAUAGCCCCUCAUACCCUCAGAUACCCAUUAUACCCUCUGAUAGCCCCUCAUACCCUCUGAUCGCCCCUCAUACUCUCACAUACCCCAUCAUACCUUCAGAUACCCCUUCAUACCCUCAGAUACCCUCUGAUACCCCCUCAUACCCUUUGAUACCCCAUUAUACCCUCUGAUACCCCCUCAUACCCUCAGAUAGCCCUCAUACCCUCUGUUUGCCCCUCAUACUCAGAUACCCCAUCAUACCUUCAGAUACCCCCUGAUACCCCCUAUACCCUUUGAUACCCCCCUCAUACACUCAGAUACCCCAUCAUGCCCUCUGAUACCCCCUCAUACCCUCAGAUACCCUAACAGACCCUCUGAUACCCCAUCAUACCCUCUGAUAACCCCUCAUACCCUCAGAUACCCCAUCAUUACCCUGCUGCCCCCUGCUGGACGCUGACAGCAUCUCUUCAGUCGAUGUUGACGUCCUGAUGUUCUUCUGUAAAUAAAUAAUAGAAACAUCAGAAUUUCUUUUCUUCUAACAAACUGCAGCUCAACUUGUUUUCAUGACUGAUUGAUGAAUUGAUCUAUUGACUGAUUGAUAGUAUUAGACAACUGUUUGAAGUCAAAUAAACUUUACUCUUGUCGUUGUUCGAGUAUCGAUCAAACCCUAAUGUUGAUUGAGGUUUAGCUAACCCUUACCCUACCCUAACCCUAUCUACACAUAUCUACCCAACCCUAUCUACACAAAUCUACCUUAACCCUACCCUAUCUGAUACCCCAUCAUACCCUACCCUAUCUAAACAUAUCUACCCUACCCAUGCCUUAGACACUCAGUAUACACAGUAUCGGACGGACAUCUGACGAGGCGUUUUCUCCCUUUACCUCUGACUGAAGGCUUUUUAACUUUGCAGAACUUAUACAUAGACAACAAACCUAUAAACGAAUGUAAACCCUAACCCAGCAUGACUGUACCUGAACCUAUCACGGUCCUGACCCUGAACGUAUCACGACACCUUUCCUAAGCACUUAGAGAAUCUGAACAUUAUCAGGUGCUGAGGAAACACGAACGGUUCAUUUCAAGAUUUAGGAAACUUCCUAAGCACAUUUGACAAUUGGACAUCGUUCAUAAAUAAAGUUCUUCGUGUGAUAUGAGAAAAAAACACUGACAGGUCGGUUCAGUUACAGCAACAUGUAAAAAAGUGACGUGCAAAGAAUCUGAUCAGUUUGAUAUUUACAGUCAGUCUGAUAAUGGCCCAUAAAUAAACAGGAAGUGAUCAAGUUACUGUUGAGAGAAUAUGUGAGUCUUUUGUCUGACAAUGAUCAAACUGAUGAAGUGAUGUCAGACUGUUAAUGUGUGAUGUCAUCAGUUACACUGAACUGUUCAUUGAUCAUCAUGAGGAAUAUUGAUCAGUGUGAGAAUCAUAGUUCUAAUAAAACAUAAAGUAUC